CAGCAGACAUGAUGAGCACCAAGGCCUUCACCCUGGUCUCUGCCGUGGAGUGGGAGCUGCUGGCGGGAGACAAGGAGCGGGUGCACAUAGAAUGCGUGGAGUGCUGCGGGAAGAACCUUUACGUGGGCACCAGUGACUGCGUCGUCUACCACUUCCUAUUGGAGGAGCAGGCGCUGCCCACUGGGACAGCCACCUUCUCUGCCACCAAGCAGCUGCACCGACACCUGGGCUUCCGGAAGCCAGUGAAUGAGCUGCGAGCGGCCUCGGCCCUCAACAGGCUGCUGGUGCUCUGUGACAAUUCUAUCACCCUGGUCAACAUGAUGAGCCUGGAGCCCGUGCCCUCGGGGGCGCGCAUCAAAGGGGCCACGGCGCUGGCCUUGAACGAGAACCCCGUGAACGGGGACCCGUUCUGCGUGGAAGUCUGCAUCAUCUCGGUCAAGCGCAGGACCAUUCAGCUGUUCCUGGUGUACGAGGACCGGGUUCAGAUCGUCAGGGAGGUGUCCACGCCGGAGCAGCCCCUGGCUGUGGCCGUAGACGGCCACUUCCUGUGCCUGGCUCUGACCACGCAGUACAUCAUACUGAACUACAACACGGGCUUCUCCCAGGACCUGUUUCCUUACUGCAGCGAGGAGAAACGCCCCAUCGUCAAGAGGAUCGGGAGACAGGAAUUCCUCCUGGCAGGUCCCGGAGGACUGGGCAUGUUCGCCACAGUUGCUGGUAUAUCUCAGCGGGCCCCUGUGCGCUGGUCAGAGAAUGUGAUCGGCGCAGCUAUUUGCUUCCCGUAUGUCAUAGCGCUUGAUGACGAAUUCAUCACGGUGCACAGCAUGUUGGACCAGCAGCAGAAGCAGACCCUGCCCUUUAAGGAAGGCCACAUUCUACAGGAUUUUGAAGGAAGAGUGAUUGUUGCCACCAGUAAAGGAGUUUACAUCUUGGUUCCAUUACCCCUGGAAAAGCAAAUACAGGAUCUUCUAGCAAGCCACAGAGUGGAAGAGGCUUUGGUUUUAGCAAAAGGAGCCCGGAGGAACAUUCCAAAAGAAAAAUUUCAGGUAAUGUACAGAAGGAUCCUGCAGCAGGCCGGGUUUAUACAAUUUGCACAACUUCAGUUCCUGGAAGCUAAAGAGCUCUUCAGAAGCGGCCAGCUUGACGUCCGGGAGCUGAUCUCUCUCUACCCCUUCCUGUUGCCCACCUCCUCCUCAUUCACACGGUCCCACCCUCCUCUCCACGAGUACGCAGACCUGCACCAGCUGACCCAGGGGGACCAGGAGAAGAUGGCCAAGUGUAAGCGCUUCCUCAUGAGCUACCUGAACGAAGUCCGCAGCACAGAGGUCGCCAAUGGCUACAAAGAGGACAUUGACACGGCCCUGCUCAAGCUAUACGCGGAGGCUGACCACGACAGCCUGCUGGACCUCCUGGUCACCGAGAACUCCUGUCUCCUCACCGACAGCGCUGCCUGGCUGGAGAAGCACAACAAGUAUUUUGCACUUGGACUACUCUAUCAUUAUAAUAACCAAGAUGCUGCUGCUGUUCAGCUCUGGGUGAACAUUGUGAAUGGGGACAUUCAUGACUCCACUCGCUCGGACCUGUAUGAAUAUGUCGUCGACUUCCUUACCUAUAGCUUAGACCAGGAACUCGUGUGGAAGUAUGCCGAUUGGGUCCUGCAGAAAAGUGAAGAGGUUGGAGUUCAGGUUUUCACCAAGAGACCUUUGGAUGAGCAGCAGAACAGUUUCAAUCCGGACAGAGUACUCACUUGCCUUAAGAAGUACCCUACAGCCCUUGCCAGAUACCUGGAACAUCUGGUCAUAGACAGGAGGCUGCAGAAGGAAGAGUACCACACGCAGCUGGCCCUCCUCUACCUGGACAAGGUGCUGCAGCAGAGGUCCGGCACUGGCAGCGAGGCCACAGAAGCCACAGACACACAGCUGAAGCUCCAGCACCUGCUCCAGAAGUCUGAUUUGUACCGAGUGCACCUGCUGAUAGAUAGAACACGGGGUGCCGGGCUCCCCAUGGAGAGCGCCAUCCUGCACGGGAAGCUGGAGGAGCACGAGGAGGCCCUGCGCAUCCUGGUGCACGAGCUGCGGGACUUCGCAGCGGCCGAGGACUACUGCCUGUGGCGCUCUGAGGGCCGGGACCCACCAUACCGGCAGCGGCUCUUCCACACGCUGCUGGCCAUGUACCUCCAGCCCGGCCCCGCCGCGCCUGAGCUGGCCAUGGCCGCCACGGACCUCCUGAACCACCACGCGGCCGAUUUCGACGCCGCCCGGGUCCUACCGCUACUGCCAGGCAGCUGGUCGGUGCAGCUGCUGCGCCCAUUCCUGACUGGGGCCGUCCGGAAUAGCGUGCACGCCCACAGGACCACUCAGGUGGCUCUGGGCCUGGCCAAGUCCGAAAACCUGAUCUACAAGUACGACAAGAUGAAGUUGAAAGGAAGCUCAGUUCAGCUCUCGGACAAAAAGCUCUGCCAGAUGUGCCAAAAUCCCUUCUGUGAGCCUGUGUUUGUCAGAUACCCAAAUGGUGGGCUCGUCCACACCCACUGUGCCGCCAGCAGACACAAGAACCCCAGCUCCCCCGGCCCCGGCGCUCGGACUUGAAGAGGCCCACCCGAGGGCGCGAGGAGGACCCUGAGUUCUUUACCGAGCCCGCUGGGUGCAGAGAGCGGAAAGCCGCCGCACUGGUGUCAGCCAGGGAGUGACAUCUGGGCGCUGGGAGACUGCAGUCAAUGUGAAACAGGGGCUUUUUGCUGCUGACCACUCCACCCUGAAUGUUCACGGGAAAUCCUGGAAACAGAGACACGUCAGGGUUCGCCCGUCCCGGGACACAGUGAUCCCAAACAAAUGUCUACUUUGAGAGAAAAAUGAGCCUUCCCCAUGCCGUCCAGACAAGCUGGACGCCCCUGCCCCCGCCCCUGCACCUCGGUCUUCAAAAAUGCAUUUGCACUGGAAAUGCCUGCUUCAGGGUGGCCCAGAGAUGGAACUGUCGCCGGGCAGGGUGAGGAGCACGGCCUUAAGGGGCGCGGGGG